GAAUUUUUGUGCUCGCGCUCGCGAUCGGCGGCGGUGAAUGUUUUGACUCUUCAGGGUUGAGUUCUUUGCUCUUAAACUUGAGUUUGAGGGAAGAUCGCCAUGAGUCUCAGGACUGCUGAUGCCCGAGCGAGGUAGGGAAUUAAUUUUGGAAAACCAAGCCAAAUUUAUCCAGCAGCGUAUCAACAAUGUGGAGAAGCAUUUUGCUGACUUGUGCCAACAGUUUUCGGCGUAUUCACGAAAGGUUGCCCGUGUACGUGACAAGGGAGAUGUGUUGGCUAAGAGCGUUCUUACCUAUGCCGGGAGCGAGGCAUCGUCCACCAAGUCAGGCCUGACAGGCUUUGCCGAGAAACUGUCUUCAGUGUCAGACUACAGACAAGCGAUGGUGGAUAGGCUUUCUCAACGGGUUGUUCAUCCACUUACACUCUACGGCCAGAACUUCAAGCAUACAAGGGAAGACAUGAAGGCGACAUUUGCAGCCAGGACAAAAGAAAUCAACGAACAGAAAAAACUGGAGAACAUCAGGAAGAAAAACCCCAACAAUCGGCAGCAAAUCGCACAAGCUGAAUCCAAACUCCAACGAGCCAACGUGGAUGCUUCACGAACCUCAAGGAACCUUGAAGAUCAAAUGGACUCGUUUGAGAGGAAAAGAUUACAGGACCUUAAGAGUAUCUUGUCUGAGUUUGUGAAGAUUGAGAUGCUGUUUCAUUCUAAAGCCUUGGAGGUUUACACUGAGGCGUGGCAGCAUCUACACGCAAUCAGUGAUGAGGAUGACCUGGAGGAAUUCCGUAACAGUCUCCGUCCUUUCAACGCCACCACCGGCAGUACCAGCUCUAACUUGGCCAACUCGCGGACUUCUCUGAACUCGACGGACCGCAGCAACAAGCCUACGGCCGCCUCCUUCACUUCGUCUUCAAGACAGAAACACGGCAAGGAUAGGCUAGAUACGAGCCGCAUCGUUGAUAUGGAGGAAGAUGAUGAAGACGAAGAUGAUGAAGAGGAUGAUGAUGAGUACGAUGAUGAAGAUGAUGAAAGUCAGUAAGUUUAAUAAAAUGCUAUUUAUUUAUUUGUUUGCUGAAUUGUUUUGCUGUGUAGAUAUAUGUACUGUAGACUGUUUGCUGUCAGUCAGUUUUUAAUCAUUGGGGGAGGGAUAAAGCUUUUUUGAAAGAGGUAUGUUCAUUGUAUAAACUUCUAAGUAGAUUUUGUGGGGGGAGGAGUUUCUGACUUGAUGAUGGUUAGACAUGGAAGAAUAAAACCAUAUCACAUUGUAUACAUACAUUGUUUACAUUUUUCUCUUUAAGUUGAAGGUCUUUCAAAAAACUUUCCUGGAAAGGGACAAGGCUGGGGGGUGGGGAAAGGGACAAGGCUGGGGGUGGGGAGAGAUAUAAAACCAUAAACCUCGCAGAAGAAAAUUGAAAACACCUAAAUGUGCUUUGUGUAGGAUUUAAUGGCAUGUAUGUUUAGUUUGAAGAGUGCAGUCAUCACAUGUGUGUAAAUACAUUUGUACACCAAAAAAAAUACAGCAACCCAGCUUUACUGCCUUAAAUUCAUUUACUGGCUGAAAUUGACGGGUUAGUAGAUUUGAAGGAAUGCUUACUUAUUUUUAGUAUUAAGUGUAAUUAAUGGACAGAAAAGUAUUUUUAAAAUUAGAUAUGUACUAUGUGUUAUUGUUUAGUAUUAAUCCCAAAUUCAGGGUCCAUUGGCAACUAGAUUAUUAUUGGAAAUCUUUUGACUGUACAUUGUAUUUUAAAUAUUCCCAUUCAGUUCGUCAUUUUUUUUGCACACAUUUUGCCUUAGUAAUCAGCAUAACAAAUAUCCAAAGAAAAAAAGAUUCAUCGUUUUACAUGUACCUGUGCAUUGUGAUACGUUCAGAUAUCUAAGUGUCCAAAUGUGCCCAUUGGAUGUGUACAAUGUGAUUGCCACAAUUGUACAUUAAUCCUUUUUAAGAAUUACCAACUUUUAAAUUUCGUAGUGAAAGUUUUAUUUAUAAAUAUUUCAUGAUGAACUUGCCAAAGUGAAUUUAACCAAAUCCCUAAGCCUUCAUGAGCAGCCACCCAUUUCAAUUGUCACAAAACCGUCCUUAAUGUAAUUUAAGUGCCUUUAAAAAUUGUUGAAGCAAAGUACUUAAUAUAUUGCAUGUCCGUGUGAAAAUUAAAACAACCGAGUAUUCUUAAAUCUGA